GUUCACCUAUAUGCCAUCCCCGGGAUCGGAUCCAGCACGUUCUGCACCCGUGCCGCAUCCGGUUCGUCUACCACGGACAAGAAGCUGAAGUCAGAGAACUUCGCCCAGUUUGUCAAGCUGCAGGACAGCUUCGAGGGCAUCAUGAUUGCGAACGUGCGCAUGGGCGUGAUAGAUCUUAAGCUUAAGGGAUCGCAGAUGGUCAUGCGCGACCUGGUCACACGCGUGCGCGAGAGCGACCUCAGGAGCCGCAACAUUUUCGCGGAAGCCCUCAUGCAGGUCGUCAAGGAUGCGAAGAAGACGGGAGAAGGACUACACCGGCUUAGUACGAAGAUCAACGGGGCCGUGGAUCGCAUCACAGCCGUGAACGGCUACGUAAUGCACAUCAUCGAGGCAGCCACGAACAGGGGCAGAUUCUCGCUGUCGCGUAUCAUGUCCCACACUGACACCGAAGCGGUCAUCCUCCGCGUCUUCGAAGACGCGAUGGACACGCUCACUAAGGAGGCCCAUCGCGCAGUGCUCGAAGCCUUUGCCAGCGCUGCAAACCUCGAGCGGCUCGAGGAGCGCCUGAUCACCAUCCACGAGAUCCGCACCUGGAGGACAUUGCGCUGAAUCAUAUGCACGCGGAGCUGCUCUCCGAGCUGCGGACGAUCCUUGGCGGGAACGGCAGCGCACGCCGCAAGAGCGAGAUGGACCUCACGGUUCUGAAGGAGAUUGGCCACUACUGCAACGAGGCCCUCAAGCAUGUCCUCUCUACGCGCGACGUGCUCCAGGCGGUGGCGGCGGACACGGAGGAGCUCAGAGACCGCGCGGCCGCGCCGGCGAUUGUGGGCGAUCGCGUACCUUCGGCGGUGUUGGUUCGGAGCAUUGGUGACGGGAUUGAGAGAUUGAAAGAGGGGCGCCAGAGUGCAGCUGAAGGCGGAAGGUCUGGAUCAUGCCGCGUAGUAAGGGAACUGUAUCAGCAGCAGCAGAAGCGGCGGCGAGCUCCCCCGGCUACCUUGAACCUUUCCUUCGUUCCGUCUAUGAC